AUCAGCCGCCGUAGUUCUAGUUCGCUCAGUAGUUUUGAGUUUGUGUCUGCAUUACGCACUGUCGCAUUAGUUGAAACGUUAUUGUGUUUGAAUUCCAAAAAAAAAAAAAAAAGCCUGGUACAAUGUUAAAUAUGAGAGGCGUCAUUCGGAAAGCUUACGGGCUUUCUGAAAAGAUUUGCAGUAUGAAAAGUACAAAGCAGUUUACUUCCUUCAUUUCUAAUGGACCUCAGCAGCAGCAUGGCACUUUUUAUGAAAUCCGUACCUAUUGUAUCAAACCUGAAAAGAUGAAUGCCUUCAGUAAGCUGACCAAUGAGAACAUUCAUCUCCGCACAGCUCACUCUGAACUGAUUGGGUACUGGACUGUGGAAUUUGGUGGCAUUAAUCAAUUUGUCCAUAUUUGGAAGUAUGAUAGCUUUGCCCAGAGAACGGCUGUGCGGACAGCACUGGCCCAUGAUAAAGACUGGCAGAAUAAGUAUAUCGCACACAUGAUGCCUAUGCUUCAGACGCAGGACAACGAAGUGACGUAUCUUGUGCCAUGGUGUAAGAUUGGAAAACCUGUAAAAGAUGGUGUUUAUGAGCUUGUGACCUUCCAGAUGAAGCCAGGAGGUCCAGCAGUAUGGGGUCCUGCUUUUCAAAUGGCGGUCAGCACUCACGCUAAUGCUGGAUAUGCCAGUCUCAUCGGGGUCUUUCACAGUGAAUUUGGACAGUUAAACCAAGUUCAUGUUCUGUGGUGGUACGAGAAUCCAGACCAGCGAGCAGCUGGAAGACACAAAGCACAUGAAGAUGCCAGGGUAGUGGCAGCAGUUCGAACGAGUGUUUCAUAUUUGGUUUCGCAAAAGAACAAGCUACUGCUUCCAACACCGUUUUCACCACUGAAAUGAUUGUCCCUUAACGGGAUUAGCAACUUGAGUUACGUGUGCGCUCUGUGACCUAAAUCAAAUUCCAUUCAAAUGCUCUUCUGACUUUGCCAUUAAAAUGUGUCUUUUCAAUGUCAAGGAUACAUUUCAUAAAAAUGUUAUAACCCAUAUUAAAGUAAGUAGCAUGUACAAAGGUAUGUUCAUAAAAUGUUCUUUAAGUUAUUUUAAUUGAUGGGCAAUAAACAAUCAUAAAAACAUGUAACAUCAUCCAUGUUUUUGCUGUUCUUGUAGUUGAGGUAUGUAUAUUUAUCUGAAUGAUUUACUGUGCAAAAUGGCUGCAGUUUGUUUACUCGAUGUAUGUUAAAACUUCACUGCAACAAUUUUCUGUGCAAUUAUUGAAAUGAUGUACUUGAUAAUGCAUAAUUGAUUGGUUAGCAUUUUUUUCAGAGAAAUCUGUAAUCAGUAAUUCCUUGUGUGUAUAAUAUAUAUUAUAUAUAUAUACACACACACACACACACACACACACACACACAGUAUAAAUGAAUACAAUGUAAAGAAGGAAAAUCAAAAUUAAAAAAAUCUCUUUAGGAAAGACCUGCUGUCUCGCUGACUCUAUUUCAUGUUCAUUGGUAACAGUAGGUUAUCUCUGACUAUACCAUUCCAGCCUUUUAACCUUGUGUCUAUGUAUAGAUCAAGGACAUGACACCAGCUUCCACAUCCACCAUGUUUACUAAACCAAUAGAGAGAGAUGAUGAAGUAGUGCUGAUUUUUAGCAGUACUGAAACAGUUAUUGCUGCUGGUUGCUUUGUUCAAACAAGACCCCUUGAAUGAUCCCAGUAAGUUCCAAAUAUAAGAGAAAUGACUGAGGUACAAGUGCUACGUGUGCAAAAUGUCGUUCUAAUCACGUCCCACAAGUUACUAGGACAUGUAGAUUGUGAAGUGAAUAACAGGCUUAAAAAGUGAAAUUCAACAACACAUUUUUUAUGAUUAGAUAAGCACCAUACUAUGAUCAGUAAAUGUAGUGUCAAGGAUAAGAAGUCCAAUAAUUAAGAUCCAAUGCUCUGUGGUCAUUCUGAGUCAACAAGUUGAUAAUGUCUGAUAUGUAUUCAGUUUAAAUAAAACUAUUACAAUCUUUCAAGAUUUGUAACACAAAAGCAUUUAUCUUGUAUCUCAAAGAGCUAUCAUCCCAUUCAAAUCACUGGCUACUUAAUAUCUGAUAACUCAGUGAAUAGAUCAUCGUUUUUCAAAUAUAUGCAAUCUUGAUCAUUUUAAAUACAAUGGUACCCCUAAAUGCAUCCAUUUUGAUGAAUGAUGCAUGACUGGGGCUGGGGCAUUUACAGUAUUGCCCAUUUACUUCCAUUAGAUCCCUUGUUCACUAAAUUUCUUGGAUUCCCUGAUUAGAGAAUAUUACCUGCUUCAAAAAAGGAAAUACAUUUUAAGAUGUUUUAGAAGUGCAGUGGUCCCUAAAAGUUACUCUUUUUUACUAUUCAUUAGCAUUUUUGGGAGGGGGUAUAAUUGAAAGAAAAAAGCUAGGCUCUUGUACUGUACAGUGUUUCAGAUCAGUGUGAGGCAUUUCAUUGGCAGUUCAGUUUAAUUUAUUUUUAAUAUCUUUGGCAGUAUCACAAAAUGUUUUUUUUUUUUUCUUACUUGAUACUGAAAUUGUUCGUUUUAAGAUGUGGGUUUCUCAACUUUGCUUAUGCAGUAUUAAUAACUUCAAAUUGUAAAUUUUAUUAAAUAGAAUUACAAGUCUCCUUGCCUCUGAGUUCACCUGACCUUUUAAAUACAGGGUUAAUAUCAAGUUCACUGGCCACUUCUGUACUGUAAAAACAUUUAAACUGAUUGUAGUACAGGAAAACUGUUUUGGAAAUAUAUUCACCAUACCGUGGGCAAUGGGAUUAGAUGACCUGCUCCAGCAUGCAAUGGGAAAAGAGCACUUUAUGCAUGUUUACCAAUUCCAGGGAGGACAGUGUGCAGUCCUCAUUCCUCUGGUCCAACAAAUAAACUAUACAAGCCUUUUUAUACCCAUUCUGUGGUUACAUCAUUCUUUAACAGUUCUUUCUUUUGUAACUGUUGAUCUCCUUUUGGUCCUCACAAUUCAUUUUGUCCUUCUAAUACACAUACUCACAAUUCAUGCACUGGACACACACACCCCUGCUAAUAAGAUAUAUUACUGCAAGAGCUUACAACAGAAGAGUACCAGGCACUGACAUGUCAUGCCUGAUUAAGAAAAUGCCCUUGUCAAUAACUUUCCACAAGCUUACACAAUUCAAAUAGAAGGAGAAGAAACUACACAAAGCAUAGCAACUUAUAAAAUAGAAAAAUAUUACAAAACAACACAUUUAAAACAUUUUCCCGUAACAGGAUACAGAAGCCAAAACCAUGGAAAAA